CGCGUGGCUAGUCUGUCAGAUGUAAACAAAAGCGCGGUUCUGUGGAUUCGACCUGAAAUAAGACAGCACAGGGCAGAGGAGCGAGAAGUAGCCACAGCUUGUUGUGAUGCGGACUUGGAACAGGGUUGUCAGCCGCUGCCACUCUCUGAUAUUCAGCCAAACCUGAACUAUGCAAACCUGUGGAUGUUUCUGCCGGGGACGCCCCAUUCACUGCGCGGGUUUUAUACAAGCCCUCACAUCCUUCUUUGUAAAAACACUUUUUAAAAGUUUUGUUUUUGAUCUAGAAGCCUGGUUAAUGGUGGAUGCUUGUUUUCUGUACCAAGGCUUUGGGUCGAUUUUGGCGACGGUAACAUAUUUGACCUUUGGUCAGUCACGUGAUCUCCAUGUUUAAAACGCACACACAAAAAUGGUUUGGUCUCUGCUCCCUGAUUGCCUCACUGAAACUACAAGAUGAAGUUUUUGGAUCUUUUUGGACGAUUAAAGUCUGUGGUUAUUGGAAUGAUCCAUGUCAAAGCAUUACCAGGCACCCCCCUGGGGUGUAUGAAAAUAUCACAGAUCAUUGAGGAGGCAUGCAGGGAGGCAUCAAUCUACCGUGAUGCAGGGAUUGAUGGUCUGAUCAUCGAGAACAUGCACGACACCCCUUACUCAUUCUCUGUGGGCCCUGAGGUGUGUGCCUGUAUGACAGCUGUGUGCACUGCUGUGAGAAGCGUCUGUCCGAUCCUGCCACUCGGAGUCCAAAUACUGUCUUCUGCUAACCAGCAGGCAAUGGCCGUAGCUCUGGCUUCAGGUAUGGAUUUCAUCAGGGCGGAGGGUUUUGUCUUUUCUCAAGUGGCGGAUGAGGGCCUCUUGAAUGCUUGUGCCGGAGAGUUACUGAGGUAUCGCAAACAGGUCGGCGCUGAGCAUGUGCAGAUCUUCACUGACAUCAAAAAGAAGCACAGCGCCCAUGCCCUGACAUCAGACGUGAGCAUUGAGGAGACGGCCCGUGCUGCAGAGUUCUUCCUCUCUGAUGGACUCGUCAUCACAGGAGCAUCCACUGGUGCAGAGGCUGACCCAUGUGAGCUCAAAGAGGUUUCCCAGGCUGUGAGAAUCCCAGUGCUGAUUGGUUCUGGAGUGACCUAUGACAACAUGGAGCGCUAUCUUGAUGCAAAUGGAAUGAUCAUUGGUUCUCAUUUCAAGGAGGGUGGCCACUGGGCCAAUGCAGUCCACCCAGAGCAGGUGAAAAGGUUCAUGGGAAAGAUUCGUCGCCUUCGAAAAUGACUGGUCCUAUUAAAAAUGCUCAAUUGUACCUUCAAGUCUUACAAAGUUUUCACUUUACCUCAAAAAGAACUCAGAGAAGUGUAAAAUCUUGACUGCUGUAGAAGGUAACAUUAGUUAUGAAGCUCAGUGAAUCAUAAAGCACAAGGGUCAGGUUUCUUUAUCUAGGUCACAUCAAUUAAUUAAUUAUAUCAUUAGGAGAUUAAUGCAGCUUGAAUAUACUGACAAGAAUGCCAUAUGAAUGUCAAUAACUGACUGUUUUAAAUGAUAUUAUUUUUAGAAAUACAUGAGCAAUCAUGAAUUUGUCAUUUAUACUGCCAUAUUAAACAGAAACCAGCUUAAGAAAACAAGAUUUAUUUGGCUUUUUUUUAACAUUUUUAUAAAUACACACAAAAUAGAAAAACAUAAUAUUCAACUGUAUAUACAAAUGUGAGUCAAAAAUGAACAAUUUGCGUGGAUUGAAAAAAGUGGGUACCAGCCGAAAAAUAUAAAACGGUACACUUAAUACAAAACUUUAAUAGUGGUUUUGUAAUUACACUCUAAUAAAAAUCAAUUUGUAACAAAUAACAUUCAUUGUAGGGAGUUCAGAGAUAUUCAUUUCACACGAUAUGAGUACUGUACAAGUGCACAUGUUAUUAAAGUAGCUUUUAAUAUACUUUACACAAGAACGUCUAAAGCUAAGGCACAUAAUAUAAUACACAUAGAAUACAAUCAUGGACUAACCACUCAGAGUCUGGCAGCAUCCAACUGCAUCAUACGUCAGAGCAAAGAAUUCUACAGGAUAGAAUU